GAAUACUGUUUUUCUCCCGCGAAAAAGCAAUUCAUAAAGCAAUAAAUAGUUAGUUUAAUAGCAGUUAAGAACUGGAAAGCCAACUCACUCUCGUGGGUGUGCCCCUCUCUCUCUCUCUCUCUCUCUCUCCACACAUAACCCACCUUUUGCCUCUCUUUCUGCAUCAUCUUCACUUUGAUCUUACUCUCUCUUGUGGAAAAAUGGUUAAGGAAACAGAGUACUAUGAUGUUCUCGGCGUCACUUCCUCUGCUUCGGAGGAGGAAAUCCGAAAGGCUUAUUAUAUCAAGGCCAAGCAAGUUCAUCCUUAUAAAAAUCCUAAUGACCCUCAAGCUGCGGAAAGAUUUCAGGUACUGGGCGAAGCUUAUCAGGUCUUAAGUGAUCCAGGUCAAAGGGAUGCAUAUGAUCGAAAUGGAAAGUAUUGCAUAUCUAGAGACACCAUGCUUGACCCCACUGCUGUUUUUGCUCUUCUUUUUGGAAGUGAACUGUUUGAGGACUAUAUUGGACAUCUAGCUGUGGCAUCAAUGGCUUCCUCCGAGUUAGCUAGUGAAUGUGACAAUCCUGAAACAUUACAUGAAAAGUUAAAGGCUGUUCAAAAAGAACGAGAAGAAAAGCUUGCUAGAAAACUGAGAGAUUUGCUUCAGCAAUAUGUUCGAGGUGACAAAGUAGGAUUUAUACAUUGUGCUGAAUCUGAAGCAGAGCGACUUUCACAUGCAGCUUUUGGGGUUGAUAUUUUGCACACUAUCGGCUACGUAUAUGCAAGACAGGCCGCACAAGAGCUUGGAAAGAAAGCCAUAUUUCUUGGGGUGCCAUUUGUGGCAGAAUGGGUUCGCAAUAAGGGACAUUUCUGGAAGUCACAGAUUACUGCAGCAAAAGGAGCUUUUCAGUUGUUGCAACUUCAAGAAAACAUCCAUCGCCAAUUUAAAAUGGAAGGUAGUAGCCUUGAGAAUGACCUCGAAUCACAUUUAAGGUCGAACAAGGAUACAUUGAGGAACUCACUAUGGAAAUUGAAUGUGGUGGACAUUGAAAUAACUCUUUUACAUGUGUGCCAUAUGGUGCUGCAAGAAAGUAAUGUCAGGAAGGAAGAACUUAAGGCCCGUGCUAUGGCUCUAAAAAUUUUAGGAAAAGUUUUCCAGAGGGAAAAGGACAGACAAAGUGGUGGAACAUCAAAGAAAAAGAUUGCUUCCAACAUAAAUGAUGACGAAAGCAGUUCUGACAGCAGCGAUGAAGAGGAUUCACCAAGAACACUUAAUUAUCGAACUCCCAUGAUCACACAGGGUAUCGGUAGACUCUUCAGGUGCCUCUGCAAUCCGGCAUUUGAUGUGGAUGACGAAGAGAUCGUAUACAAAAGCAAAUAAUGCAAGAGACAUACACUAAACAAGGUUCAAAUUUGGCUUGUUCAAGACUGUAAUGCAAUAGAUAUCUAUAUGUCUGCACCAAUUUGAAAUUGAGCAAUCUGUGAGAUUGUAGUAAGAGAGGAAUGACAGGCGAAGCCAAAACUACGUAUUUCGUAUUUGUAUUUUGUUGAAGAACAUGCCAUUGCCGGUAUGUAUUUCAAGCACAUGAAGAUUGGUGAGUGCACAUUUGAUGCAUAAA